GGGGCCCGAGGGUCGAGCGUGUAGCGUGGGCUGGCUGGAGCCGCCGGCUUUGGCGGCGAUCGGCAGCGCGUCCCGUGCCGGCCCGAGAUGAGCAGCCCCGAUGCGGGCUACGCCAGCAGCGACGACCAAGUGCAGGGGCGGUGCUCGCUGCCCAUCAUGAUGCCGGCCAUGUGCCCCUGGGCAGAGUCGCUGAGCCCGCUGGGCGAGGCGAAGGCGAAGGGCGGCGCGGCGCCGUCGGGACCGUCGGGCGGCCGGAGCAAAGGCGAGGCGCGGAUCCGGCGUCCCAUGAACGCCUUCAUGGUGUGGGCGAAGGAUGAGCGCAAGCGGCUGGCGCAGCAGAACCCGGACCUGCACAACGCCGAGCUCAGCAAGAUGCUGGGUAAAUCGUGGAAGGCGCUGUCGCUGGCGGAGAAGCGUCCGUUCGUGGAGGAGGCGGAGCGGCUGCGGGUGCAGCACAUGCAGGACCACCCCAACUACAAGUACCGGCCGCGGCGGCGGAAGCAGGUGAAGCGGCUGAAGCGGGUGGAGAGCGGCUUCCUGCAGCACGGCCUGGCGGAGGCGGCGGCGGGGCCCGGGCUGGCCAGCGAGGUGGCCGCCGCUGGCGGCGGAGGCGGCGGCAGGAUGUGCGUGGAGGGUCUGGGACUGGCGUACGGCGAGCAGGGCUACGCGGCGGCGGGCGCGGGCCACUACCGGGACUGUCCGCCGCUGGGCGCGGCGUUCGACGGCUACAGCCUGCCGACUCCGGACCCGUCGCCGCUGGACGCGGCGGAGAGCGAGGCGCCCUUCUUCGCGGCGGGGCUGCAGGAGGAGUGCGCGCUGGUGCCCUACGGCUACGGCCCGCACCCGGCGGCGGCCGAGUACCCGGUGGCGGCGGCGUCCGAGAGCCCGUCGGGCGCGGGGCUGCGGCGGCACCUGGCGCCCGGGGAGGCGCUGGGCGCGGGCGGGUCGCUGCAGGGGCUGCUGGGCUGCCCGGCGCCGCUGCACGCGUACUACGGGCAGGCGUGCCAGCCGCCGGGCCCGGGGCGCGGCCCGCUGCCGCCGCCGCUGCCGCCGGGGGCCGUGGGGCAGCCGUCGCCGCCGCCCGAGACGGGACCGUGCCGGGAGCAGCUGGAGCAGCUGCCGCCGGAGGAGCUGCUGGGCGAGGUGGACCGCACGGAGUUCGAACAGUACCUGCGCUUCGCCUGCAAGCCCGAGCUGGGGCUGCCCUACGGCGGYCACGACGCCGCYGCCGCCGCCGCGCUGUCGUCGGCCGAGGGCGCGGGUCCCAUCUCGUCGGCCGUGUCGGACGCCAGCAGCGCCGUCUACUACUGUGGCUACCCCGACUUGUGAGGGGCUCGCUGGGGCACGGCACGGACAGUGACAYCGAGGCACCCGGCCCCGCUCCUAUUUAUGUAAUUUAUUUGAAUCUUGAGAACUGMCAGGGUAUCCGUGACCUGCUCGAGGUUUAAAAGGUGAUGUGCCACUUCGCUGUCCAGGUGGUGCAGGUAUUACCAUCACUGUCCGACAGUGACAYGAAAAACUGUUCCUGCUCUGGAAUCAUUAUACUGGUGGGACACGGAGAAUAUAAUUUCUGAGAUCUUGUGAGAGAUCCAUCUGCUUUUGUAUGUUUUACAGAGUGCUGGGUUUUAUAUGAUGGAUUUGUACAGAAUAAUUUUGCACUUUUACAAAUAAAGGGGAAAUAAAACUGCUCUGUGAUAACUCCUCCAAGAAAUCUUAUCGUCCUUUGUAAUUGGAAUUUUGCUGUCUUUUAAACUACUUUUACAAGUGUCCCUUACACUAAGCAUAGGGUCCUCUCACAUUUUCUGUAGAUAUAGUCUUCCUCUGUGUCCU